GAGCAUUUGGAACAUAAGGCCACAAGAAAAUGUAGAUAAACUGAAGCAAAACAAACAGGACGAAACUGUAUUAACUGUGUCAGCUCAGACCAUAUCAUCACACACAGACACAGCUUGAAACCUCCAAUGGCCACUUCCAUCAACCCUGUACUCCCACUUUCUCCUUCGCCAAAACACACCAUUUUCUCUCCUACUCCAUUGAUGUUCUGCAAACCCAUCUCAGAUCCCAUGGCUUCUCUGCACAUUUCACAUUCAAUUCGGCCGCGUGGGCAGGUGGCAGUCUCAGUUGCCUUCAAUCCAUCUGGGAAUUUCGACCUCUCUUUGUAUGACGAAGAGGAUUCAACAAAAGCGCCGCCUCCAAUGCCACCAACUGAAGGACGAUUUGAUGUAGUUAUAGAUAAUGAUUUCAUUCGCCGUCUUGACUUAUCCCAAUUUCAAGCCACAACAGGAAUUACCUCACCAUCAUCUGCCAAGCCAAAGGAGUUUCUUGAACGUACAAUUGGCUUUACCAUCAAUUACACAAGAGAAGAUCCAUCUGAUCCUAGAGAAUUAUCAGAAUUUCCUGAUAUAAGACUCUGGUUUGUUAGACUUGAUGCUACUUAUCCAUGGCUACCUGUCUUGUUGGACUGGCGGGCUGGUGAGCUUGCUCGUUAUGCAGCCAUGUUGGUCCCUCACCAGAUGAAUAUGAGAAUGGGAGUUGUAUACAAUCCCGAGGCACUGGAACUGUUCAUUAUGAAGAAAGUUUUUAUUGCCUAUUCUUGGUUGAAGCAACAUAAUAUUCCAAAGCCGAGAUUGAAAACAAGUGACAUGGCCAAGAUGCUUGGAUUUACAAUUGGGGACGAGCUGUUUGACUUGAUCGAUGAACACCCACUUCAUCCAUCAUAAUUAUUUAAUUAUAUAUAAGACUCUAUUUAUAGAAAAAUAGUCUGAAUGUUACACGUCUCUUCGACUUCUAUAUUAACAACAAUAAAUUUAAUUUACACAAACCAUCUUGUAACUCU